AUGUUCGGUUUGCACAGCAGUCUUGAUGAACGAGCUGACAUUGACAAUUCCUCUUUGCUUGGAACUGGUGAUUUUUUGUCAGGUUUUGUUUCAGGUUUGCAUGAGGGCCCAGGCCAUGACGUGACACAGCGAGGAGCCAGUGCAGGUCAACCAGUUGUUUCUGCUGCAGUACAUGAUGCCACCUUUUCUAGGGACUUGUUUAGCAAUUUUGAUGCUACAGGGAUCAAGCUGCCUUGGGAGACAGGGAUUUUCCGUGAACUUCUUGGAGACGAUCCACUGUCCGAGCCUCUAGUGCCGAAGAUGCCUAUUGGUGAGUUUUGCAGUUUUGGGAUUGAUGAUACGCCUCAGCAUGUCACGGAGUCUGUUGCAAGUGUUGCUAUGACAUCCAUGGCAACCCCAGUGUUUUCUUCUUGCACUGGUAGUGGAGAUGAUUUGAACUAUGAUGCAAAGCGUCAGCAGCUCAGGGACGUUGCAAUUGGGAAAUUUCUCAUUGUCUUGCGCCAGUGGCCCACGGCCAGCAAAACAGGUAGGCACGUUGCUGAGUUGGAUUCAACAGGACAACAACAAGAUGAAGUCUUUGAGAUUUUGAGCUCAGUGCUUGGUGUGAAGUCACCGGCCACUUUGAUUAAGCGAGCUAACUCGCUGCUGGCCUUCAUGCGUUGGGCCGUCAGAGUUGGCAAGGGUGCUGAAUGUUCAGUGGAUGAGGUUGUGUCGAGUCACAGCUUGAAGGCGACUUUUCUUGCCUGGUCGGCACGCUACGGCCUCAGCCCUCAGACCAGGGCAGUUGAUGUCCAGUCUCAUGCAAAGGGUGUGGAUGUUGUGAAACAAGAGCAGCCUGACCAUGACAGUGUUAUCACCCUGUAUGACUCACCCCAGGGCACUGAUACUGCAGAGCAAGCUCACGCUGGUGACGUUGCAAGCUGGGGUGGCUCAGUGGAUGAGAAUGCGUCCCAGACGCAGGCCGAUGUGGCUGACGAUGUUGGAGACUUGGCGUAUUGCAGUGCCGCUGAAAAAGAAAUUGCGGCUGGUGACAAGCUGUCGUCGGAUUUGCAAGAUGCGAUGUGUGGAAGUGGACAAAGCAGUCCAAACAUGUGGAGGGUGAACUCCUUCAUGAAACUGAAUGCAUGGCAAACCGCCCCAAUAGUUGCCGAAGACUUCCAAGCAUGGGUUCGCACCCUUGACCCGGGCGCAACAAUCGGGGGCGUGGCUUCGUUGAAGCGCCUCUUGUUCGAAAGUCAAACCCAAUUAUUGGCUAUUCUGAAAGAGCAAGUUACAAAUCCUGAGCCAACAGUGGCGCGUAAAGUGCCUCCUGCAGAACGAGAAUCUCGAUUGGCCAACUUGAAAAACCGUCUUGUAGGCGUCCUCAUCGAGGGACAUUCUGAGCCAAGUCACGCUUUGCUUGACCUCGCAACUCAAUUGUAUGAUCAGAAUGUGCUGCGUUUCACUCCGCUGGAGAAAUGCUACAGCAGACUUACAGAGUUAUCCUUUACCAGCAAGCCACAAUCAAAACUGCUUGAAGUUGAAUCUUCCAAGGUUGUGAUCCGCGACAAGGACUCAGAAUUUGAAGCAAGUGUGCAAUCGUCAUAUCAAGCAUUGGAAGCCUUCAAACGUAGAGGAUUGGCGCUUGAUUUCGCCAAUGUGAUGACUUUUACCUGCCACGACAAAUACGUGCAGCUGUUGUUUGCACAUUUGAACCGAGAGCCACCGGCAGGAUACAACGGGUGCAGUGUAUCGCAGCUUCUCUCAGCGGACAAAUCUGCAUGGUGCCAUUUGAUUGAAAAGAAUGUGAAGCCCAGACCGGAUCUUGCUGGUGCACUUGCAUUGGACACAAAACUGGAAGAAGCAUUGAAGUCGUACGAAGUAAGCUUCUCACUUCUACCAAUGAUUGCAAAACAGACACAGAGAGUUGCCACACCGGCUGCCACUCCAGUUGCAAAGACACAUGCUGCGCCUUCAGCUAAAGGCAACCGGAAAGGGCUGAAUAGAUUCCGUCCCUACACUGCAAAGGGCAAGGGAAAAUCCAAAGGAAAGUUCGAUCAAAGGAUUCCAAAAGAAAUUCGGGAUGCAGGUGGCACUGCGUCGACACCAGAUGGCGAGCCAAUUUGCUUUGACUAUUCUUUGAAGAAAUGCAAGGAAGUUGUCACCGAUGGACGCCCAGAUCAAACUCGGACGUUUUCCACUGCAGAGGAAACGGCAUACCCUAUGCCACUUGCAUAUGCCAUUGCCUUUGGUAUUACCCAGGAACUCAUUUCACUUGGCUGGCAGCCUCCUCCUUGGGAGCUGGCCCCGCCUGACACCGUCUCCUUCCAUUAUCUUAGGACUUGUGAACAGUUUGUCAAAGAUGCCGUGAGCGCGGGGCACCCAGUUGGUGGAAUUUCGAGACUUCCUGAUCCGUUGUGGGAAGUGUUGACGCAUGUAUCUAACACGCCCACUUAUGUCUUGGCAAAACAGCGCUUGGCUACUCUCCAAUAUUGGCUUGAUCGGGGUCGUAGCUUAGUUAGCGAUGAGGCUAAGCUCCACGCCGGCUUCCCUUCAACCCUUCAAGGGAUUCUGGCACCAAAGAGGUUGCUGCUUUGGAAGGAAAUGAUGGAGUACUAUGAGUACCCAGACUCAGCCGUGUUCCAUGAAGUAGUUGGUGGUAUUGAUCUUGCGGGCCCUGCCCCGGUGGUCCCAUUCUUUGAUCCUUGUUUUCGGCCGGCAAAGGUAUCCAUGCCUGAGUUAGCUAGAUCUGCACCCGCUGCCAGAGCAGCACUGUUGGCCACGAUUGGACCUUCUGGUGAUGCGAACAUUGAUGAAGUUGUGUAUGCAAAGACCUUGGAAGAAUUGGAGUGUGGUUGGCUGGAUGGCCCUUAUGUGCCUGAGGAACUGCCUGAUGAUGCGGUGGUCAGCCGCCGCUUUGGUAUAAACCAGUCGUCCGGUGAUGGCAUGAAGGUGAGACUCAUAGAUGAUUUCUCUGGGUCUGGUGUCAAUGACACCGUGCAAGUUGAAAGUGCGGUUAAGUUACAUACGUUGGAUGUUGCAGCUGCACUAUGUAUGGAGCUUCUCAAGUCUGAUUGUGACCAACAGUGGGUGGGCAAGACAUUGGAUCUUUCGGCGGCCUAUAGGCAGUUGGGAGUGGAGUUGACUGAAACUAUCGAUGAAGUCUUGCUCGCGAAGCGCCUCACCAAGCAGGGUGCACUUGUCCUACGAGGGAGGAUGCAAUUCGCAAAAGCCCAGCUGUGGGGACGAGCAAUCAUUGGGCUAACUGCGGCCAUCAGCAUUGCGUUCCAUUUUCUGGAACCUGUUCACCCAAAUAUGCAGAUUGCACAAAAUCUCCAAGAAGAGCGCUUGCUUGCGUUCGACAAGAUCGUCUCGGCCUGUAAGCUGCUGAUCGAACAGAUUGGACGUCCGAAGUUCAUGACCAGCGUGUGGCAAUUGUGGUCGCAACUCUCUCAGGCCAUGUUUACAUUAGAGCGCACACUGUGGCCAAAUCAACCACCGGAAACCCCCUUGAACAUCACGCUCCCACAACAUUCGAGACCCCUGUCGGACGUCCUCUUGAAUAACUUCGACCAACAUGCUACAUUUGUCCUUCAGGCAAUUGCACCGCUGGAGCAAUUUCAUCAGUGGUUUAUUUCUGAGUAUGACAUCGUUUUGCACGCAGAGUUCAAUGAGAUGUUGAUUGAUUCGCUCUUACUAUUUCGUACAGUGGAGACCAUGUUGAGGAUGAAAAGGCGGUUGCAAACUCUUUUGCCGCCGCCUGCGGACACAGCAGCUGCUCCUCCGGCCGAGACCCCAGCCACGGCCGCAUCAGCUGCUUCUCCAGCUGCUCCGGCCACAGGCGAGACUGAGAUGACCAUUACCAACGCCGCUGGCGAAGUCCUUUCUUGGUAUUGA